UUAGAGAUAAAAAUAUAUAGCAAAGAAAAUACUUGCCACUAUUGCCAAUUUGAUCAAUGAUUUCAAACUUAUUAUGUCAUUAUUGUCUUUUGAAUGAUACUUGGUUUGCAUCUUGACCUCUAAUAUUUAAUUUUUUCUUCAUCUGUUUAUUUCACAGAUACUGUUGCAGAUGCUGAGCAAGAGAGGCGUAUGUUUAGGGACUGGAACAAAUGUACCUGCAAACGUCACUGCAAGCAGCUGUUCCCAGCAGAUGACAUCCUAAACUACAGACUAGACAUCUUUGGCCUAUCAAGGGAACAGAAGGACUUAGUCAUCAUGGCUCAGGUUGCUGCUACCCAGGACUGCAGUGCAUCAACAAAAUCGUCAAAGAAAAGGCAGAAAGAGAGACAGGCUGCACGCACCCAGUACUUCUUCCAUGGCAGUGCCAUUUGCAGAGACAUGUUCAUGUUCUUGCAUAGCAUUUCUAGUUGCAAGCUGAAUAGUCUGAAGACCUGGUUACGGGAGAAUGGACUGACGCCAGUGAUACUGAAGUCUGGAGGCAGGAAACAGAGGAGCAACUGUCUUACUCCUGCUGAUGUGGAGAAUGCAUUGACCUUCAUCUCGAACUACGCUGAAGAGUUUGCAGUAUUCUUACCUGGAAGGGUUCCUGGGUUUAGCCGUGCUGACAUUCGCCUAUUGCCUUCAUCCUCUACAAAGUCAUCAAUACAUGCCUUGUAUCAAGCUUCUAUGGAAGAAAAGGGUGCUCGAGCCAUUGCCCUCAGCACGUUUAAGAAUGUUUGGAAGCAGUAUGUCCCGAUGAUAGUUACUGCAAAGCCCAUGACAGAUCUGUGUUGGACGUGCCAGCAAAACACCACACGCUUGUUCGUCACCACAAACAGAACCGAAGAAGAGAAGGUUGAGCGAUUGGAGGCUCACAGGGAGCACCUCAACAAGGUUCUUGUGGAAAGGACUAAGUACAGGGAAGAGACUGCAUCUGCGAAAGAGGAGAUAUCGCUUCGAGGUGGAGACCUUGGUCGUCAUCCAGCCAACAGUAGGGAAGGUUCGAUGCAGUACAGCUUCGACUAUGCACAGCAGGUGCAUUAUCCUGCCAACCCACAGCAACCUGGCCCUAUCUACUUCUUAUCCACAAGGAGGUGCGGGAUAUUUGGCGUCAACUGUGAAGGCAUCCCCAAGCAGGUCAACUUUCUCAUAGACGAGGGUAUGUGCCUUUCAAAAGGUUCAAUAGCAGUAAUCUCCUACCUGCACUAUUUCUUUAACAACUUUGGUUUGGGAGAGAAGGAAGCAAGCCUCCAUUGCGAUAACUGUUCGGGUCAAAAUAAGAACAAGUUCGUCCUCUGGUACCUGGCAUGGCGAUGCAUACACAAUCUCCACUCCGACAUCAAUCUGAACUUUAUGAUUUCUGGCCACACGAAGUUUGCACCUGAUUUUUGUUUCGGGCUCAUCAAGAAACGUUACCAGACGUCUGCUGUAUCUACCCUGCAGGACAUAGCCAACACAGUGCAGAGCAGCUCAACCAGGGGGAUCAACAUUCCAGUUCUAGUGGGGGAUGAGGCCGGAAGACAGCUGGUACCUACUUACCAAUGGCAGGAUUUCCUUUCCCCUUACUUCCGUCCAGUGCCUGACAUCAAGAGUUAUCAUCAUUUCAGAUUCUCAGCCCAGGAGCCUGGAGUGGUUUACACUAGAAAGUUUGCUGACACUGAGGAGAAGAAGUUUGUCCUACUGAAGCAAGGAGCCAUGCCACCUCGUCUUCUUCCACCAAGCCUACCACCACCAGGUCUUUCCCUUGAACGUCAACAGUACCUAUUUGAGAAGAUCAGGCCUUUCUGUCGACCCGAUGCAAGGGAUAUCACCUGCCCAGCCCCUACGCAAGCUGAAGAAGCUCUUCGUUGAUUUCUUUUUGUGCAAUUCCAAAUGAUAAUAUAUUUAUUGUGUGCAAUAGUUAUUCAAAUUCAUAUUAUGAAUAAAAUUAUUUUUUUACUUUA